CACUAAUGUAAACUUAGACCCGUUAACUCUCUUGCGGAACACGCUACUGGUCCCAUCAUGUUUCCACAAUUCAGCGUCUGCUUUAUACACUUGUCUCUUUCCAUGUCAGUUUACCUUGACUUAUGCCUUUCGCUUCACUCUCGACUUGCUUGUUAUCCUAGCUUUAUGACAAAUCUUCAUUUAUUGCCAUCGCAAUACAUCAGUACAUGUUAUAACCGCAGCUAUGGAGGAGAGAACCAUUGUUACCAUCCCUAACCUAUACAAGUGCUUCUUGACACAAGAACCUAGGUCAAAUAAGGGGUACCAAGCUGCUUAACUUGAGUCGGAGCGAUGGCUUGCAAAGUCAGUGACU